UAGGGGGAAGGGGUUCAGUUCUUGAUUUCCUUUUCCAUCUUCCCCAUCUCUUAGCUAUCCCUGCAAUAUUAAACCCAUGUGUCUUAUCCAUGUGGCAAGUUCUAUGCAAAGAGGUAAUAAUAUUUUAAUUGCUAAGACAAAGCAAGGGCUAGGGACCUAAGCCACCAAAACCACACAACUCAAUGCUCACACCCAAGUUGGGUGAGGAUCAAACACCUUCUUUUGAACCAGUAGACCUUGAACAAGUCAUUCUUACCUCAGAACAACAAGAUGUUGGGAGUGAUUCUGAUCAUGAAAAGCUCCCAAGGAAGAGAGGUUGGGGAGUUGCAAAAGGGUAUGAAAUGCCAAGGAACCUAGUUGAUCAGACAUGGAUCCACACUGAUGAGCAAGGGAGAUUACCACAUGGGAUGCUGCCAGAUAAGGUACACAGCGCCAUCUCCUUAUAGCUAAAGACAUGCUUGCCGACACCAUACACAGCUUAUGGUAUGGUGACUGCCCCACAUUUAUAUAUUUAUUGGAACAAAUUAUGUGUAAGUACUCUAUGAAUUUGAGUUUUAGUAUUAUGAUUAACUUGUAUGCUCAAACAUGGUUAGCUAAUAUUAUGAUUAUUUUUAGGCAACAUUCUAGUGGGAAGAAGUAGAUCGAGGGGUUAUAUGGAAUGUGUGGUUGGCGGAGUGUAAUAGAAAGAUGACCGGUAC